AGUCUCUCCAAGGAGGCUUGAUUUCGCAAACAAAGGAACCGCCACACAUAACCUUCCAGACAAGACGCCGCUCGUGUUGCCCGCAUGGCCGCCCCAUCUGAUGCACAACAAUAUGCCCUACUCGGUGCCACUGGUAACACGGGACGACUGAUCCUGCAAAAGCUUUUAGACACGUCCAACCCCUCUACCAAAUUUAACAUCUACGUCCGCUCCCGCUCAAAGCUAGAAAGCCUGGUCCCGGCUGUUGCCUUGGACGGGAGAGCAACCAUCUUCGAAGGAAGUCUUCAGGAUCCAGCCCUAAUUCGCAACUGUCUCUCCGGCGCGACCACCAUCAUCGCCACCGUCGGCGAGAACGAGAACAUCCCUGGCAUAACAAUUCUACGCGACUGUGCGCAAGCCAUCAUUGACGCUUUAUCCGCCCUCCGAGCCAGCAGGCCAUCAGGCUCAGGGCGGAAGUGGACGCCGCCGCGCCUCCUCUUGCUCUCCUCGGCGACGUGGAAUGCGCAGUUCGCGGCGGACCGACCGGCCAUGCUCCACUGGAUGAUCCGCAACGCGUUCGCACGGCCGUACAGCGAUCUUGUGCAGGCGCAGGAGAUGCUGUUGCGUGUUCCCGAGCUAGCCGACGUGCUCCUUGUCCAACCAAAUGCACUCGUCAAGGAGCCAGCGACGGGAUGUGUGAUUAGUACCGAGUUUGCAUACACGGCGGUCUCAUACGAGGAUCUGGCCGAGGGGUUUGUCCAGUUGGUCACGGCUCCAGAGUAUGCAAAGACGACCGCGAUUGGCGUGUCUAGUGCAAGGGCGGCUAAUCCCCUGCUGUAUGUACCGUUUGUCUUUGGGAAAGUCAUUCGGGGCUUGUUGUUCCAGUUUGUACCAGGGUAUUGGCAGGCCGAGUAUGCCAUUUGUGGAUGGGUUGCCGGUCUUGGGCAGAAGGUCAAGGCUGCCUAA